UAUUCGGCUCACUGGAGUGUCUCUCUUGUCAUCUUUUCUUCUUUUUCAUCCGGUAACGAUGGCCGUUUGGUGGAUUAUGGUUCUUUUGGGUUUCUUCUUCUUUGGCAAAGGCGAAGACAAAAAGUGUGACAACUUUUCCGACGUAGAUUUCCACGAAGCGUUCAUCGGCACCAAUCUGUACGUGCGUCUGCUCCUGUACACACGAUCCAACCUGGACUGUGGUCAAGAGCUUCCUCACCACGACUUCACCACGGUGCCUCUUUUCCACGUGACCCGUCCCACCACCUUCGUCAUCCACGGCUACCGGCCCACCGGCGCACCUCCCAUCUGGAUCAACCGCAUCACGCGGCUGCUGGCCGAGCAGGCAGACAUGAACGUCCUGGUGGUGGACUGGAACCGCGGAGCCGCUAACCUCAACUACUUCACCACUGUCGCGAACACACGCCACACCGCUGCCAACAUCACCGCCUUCAUACGCAGGAUGACCGAUGAGGGAGCUUGUCUCGACUCGAUCCACCUCAUAGGGGUGAGUCUGGGUGCACACGUGGCUGGGUUUAUCGGCGCUAUGCUGGGAGGCCGAGUGGGACGGAUCACAGGUCUGGACCCCGCAGGCCCCAUGUUUGCAGGUGUGCCUCCAGAGGAACGUCUGGAUUCGAGCGACGCCCAGUUUGUAGACGUCUUACACACAGACAUGAACUCGUUUGGCCUCAGAGGAGCUAAUGGUCACAUCGAUUUUUAUGCCAAUGGAGGUCUCGACCAGCCCGGAUGCCCCAAGACCAUCUUCUCAGGAAAGUCCUACUUCGUUUGCGAUCACCAGCGCUCUGUUUUUCUCUACCUGUGUUCUCUCAACCAUACCUGUCACCUGACCGCGUAUCCCUGCUCCUCCUACACCGACUUCCUCAACGGACAGUGCUUGCAGUGUGAAGCCUUUAAACCAGCGUCCUGUCCUGUUCUGGGAUAUGACUUGAGCCAGUGGAGGGACAAACUGCUGAAACUCGGACAGACGAAGGUCUACUUCUCCACCACAGCAGAGCCACCAUACAGGAGUGAGUUCACAGACCUGAUACCUGAUCUCCUGAUAAAAUCCCAUUAGAAUCAUGCAGGAUCAAAUGUUCCUUCUGCUUGUGACAGAGAUGAGUUACAUAGUGGACACCGUGACGUGGAAUCAGUACCUGCG